AUGUCACACACCGUAUCUCAGCGGUUUAGCAAUUCUUUAUUGUAGCCCUUCUUGAAACAUUUACACAAUAACAGAUGCCACUUUGGUGACUGUUUCUUUUGCAGGGGCUUUGUCAGUGUAGACUUAACCUAACGUAGUAAGUGUAGAGUUGAUGGCUUGUCCAUAAUGUACCAGUAACACUUCCGUUGAAACUGUUCACAAAUGUCAUGCGAUUGUGAACAACCAGAAGCCACAGCGCAGCGGUAGUUUUGGAUUUGAAGAUGGGGGACGAUUUAGGUGAUGACUGGUGGGAACAAAAGGGCAAUUCGGGGGGGGGUCUCAAGUCCCAAUUAAGUGUGAAAUAUGUCCCCUGUGACAUGCCGUCAUCACACAAGCAUUUCCAAAACCGCCUGAAGGUCCCCAGUUCUCUGGAAAUGUCUCUAUUUAUGGAAGGGACUGUUGAUUCCCCCGUGGGAGAGGAGGAGGGUGAAGAACCGGAGAAACAGCCCACAGAGCAAGCAUCCCCACAGGAGAAGAAAGGAAAGAAGAGGAAGAGUGUAACAGAAAACCCAGUCCCGGUUAAGAAGAAGACUGCAUUGAAAUCACAGACUGAGUGUUUUAUGGCUCAGGAGAAGAAAGAGGAUGGAGAAAAAAAGCCCAAGAAAAAGAGAAAGAAGAAGAAGAAGACGAUCACAGACGUCCUCGCCACCUCGGAACCCAAAUCGGGCUCUCCAGGUGACCUGCAGAGCCUGGUUCUAGAACACUUCAAAGACAAACGCUCCGUCAUCGAGCUGGAGGAGCUCAAACUACAAGAUUCCUGCUUCGUGAGGAGUAAUGACCUCACACACAGCCUCUCCUCCUACCUGAAAGAAAUUUGUCCCAAAUGGGCUAAGGUCCAGAAGCAGCACACAGAGAAGAGUUCUGUGGUUCUGCUCAUCGUCUGUAGCGCCGCGCUAAGAGUCAUCGAGCUCAUCAAACAGUUAACCACCUUCAAGGGAGAGGCCAAAGUGCUGAAGCUGUUUGCAAAGCACAUCAAGGUAGAGGAGCAGGUGAAGCUCCUACAGACAGGGGUGACACACAUCGGGGUGGGGACGCCAGGGAGACUGAGCGCCCUCAUUGAGAAAGAGGGUCUGACCCUGCCUCCCCUGCGUUUCCUGGUUCUGGACUGGAACUGGAGGGACCAGAAGCUUCGCAGGAUGGUGGACAUUCCUGAGGUCAAAGGUGACUUGCUGAAGCUGCUGGAUAUGGGGAUCUUGAAAGGUUGUAGGGAAGGAAAAGUCAAAGUGGGACUGUUCUGAUACAAACACACCUAGUGCCAUAAUCUGCCAUUUUUUGUAUUAUUUUUUUAUUUCACCUUUAUUUAACCAGGUUGGCCAGUUGAGAACAAGUUCUCAUUUACAACUGCGACCUGGCCAAGAUAAAGCAAAGCAGUGCGACACAAACAACACGGAGUUACACAUAAACAAACGUACAGUAAAUAAAUCUAUAUACAGUGUGUGCAAAUGGCGUGAGGAGGUAAGCCAAUAAAUAGGCCAUAGUAGCAGAGUAAUUAAAAUUUAGCAAAUUAACACUGGAGUGAGAGAUGUGCAGAUGAUGAUGAGCAAGUAGAAAUACUGGUGUGGAAAAAAGUAAAUAAAAACAAUAUGGGGAUGAGGUAGGUAGAUUGGGUGCGCUAUUUACAGCGAUCGGUGAGCUGCUCAGAUAGCUGAUGCCAUAUACGGGGAUACAAACACACACCUAGUGCCAUACUCUGCUAUAUACUGACAUACAAACACACACCCAACCAAGUCAGACUGGACCUCUUCUCAUCAUGCACUUGUUCACACGCGCGCACAAACACUCACACGCAACAAGUUAAUUAGGGCCCGUCAAACCAAUCCUGUCUCCAUAACAGACAGAGACUGCUGGACAUUUCAACCAUCUACCCUAUCCUGUGUUUACCCUCUCUCUGUGACACUGUGUUCUUGUUCUAUUUUAAGUGACCAUGUAAAAUGUCUGAUAUGGUUUAUACAGUGUUGUAGUUCAACAAUAACACAGCCCAACAGUGUGAUGGUUUGAAUAAAGACAUUCUGAAUGGAA